GAUCCUGCAGGCAUCCCUCAAACCUAGUCGUCGUAUCUGCUGGCCGCAUCGAUGCCUGAUCUCAUAUCCGAAAUUCUAGCUUGGUGUUGGCACGAAGAACUGGUGUAUGACGCCCAUCGACAUCGUCUGUAUCGUCCGCGGUCUACUUCAGGACAUGCGACGCUACGCCUAAUGCAGGUAUGAACGUUUGCUCGUUUGGCCACGCGUGGAUCGAGUCUGCUGACUGUGCUUCACCCCUUCGAGAGCGGAAAUGGAUUUGUUCUCAAGUGCAUUCUAUCGAGCCUGCCGAUCACAGGGACACACGACGCACGGCGGCAGAGUCAAGCUCGUUAUCCAGAGCACUCUCUCUACGGUGCUACACGCACGUGAAGGGCACCGUGACAGUAACAGAGAAUUACCACCGCUUUGUGGCUUCUAUUUUGUGUCGACCGUCAUUCCCAUGAAUGCGUUUUGAAGAUCCUGGAGAUACGAGGCUCGUGACAACCCGCGAUAGUCCAUUCCUGAGGCAGUCAAAUACCAUCGCAACCCUCUCAAUGUGGAGAUAAUAAAUCGAUUCCUCUGCGCACAGCUCCACAUAUCACUAUGUCCAUUGCACGGCCGACGAUACAUCAUACUGUGGACGGUAGCGGAUUCCAGCUCGAGCUGCCCGCAGAAUGGUUUGCCAAUGUGGUAGCAAUCAGCAGGCGAACGUACAGCCAACUGGUCACUAUCGAGUACACCAUGUUCGGAGGACUGCCAGAGACUAGACGCCUCGCCAGCAAGUGGGGCACAGUCAACGACACUAUGACCGAUCUCCACUCUGGGAGUCAUCAGUUCACGUUUGCGCCCCAAACAGACGACAAAACGCUCACGUUCUCCUUCUAUCAUUCCGUGUCGAAGGAUAUGCAAAAUCGUACAAGGAGCGCACGCAUCCGCACAGUCCCUGUUAACAAGCCUCUGGAUGCACCGAGAGAGAUGCCAGAUUACAUGAUGAUCCUCGUUUUCGUCGAGGAUGGUACGCAACGGCAUACCAGCGGCCCCCAGUACAAUGAUCUCGUACUCACAAUUCACACAAUGUCUACCCAGGAGGUCGUUGACACCGGCACGGCGGCGUUGACUGUCCAGGGACAGCAGGCUAUGAGAGACUUUAUUGAGCGUUACGUACGUCCUGGCGAAGACUAUCCUCAGCCUCCACCCCCCUCCGUUCCGCCGCCUCGCGUUGCCAACCUUCCUGUCGCUGUCAUUGGUGCAGGCGUCUCUGGAUUAUACAUUGGUAUGAUGCUCAAGAGCUUGGGUAUCAAGUUCGAAAUCUUUGAGGGAUCUAGCAGAGUCGGCGGACGGCUGUACACCCACAAAUUCCCUAAAAACCAAGGCAAAUACCAGUAUUAUGACGUCGGCGCGAUGCGAUACCCCAACACUACGUUCAUGAAGCGCACCUUUGAUCUUGUCAGAAACCGUCUCAACAUGCCGAACGCUUUCAUUCCCUACCUCCGCAGGAACGAAAACACUUUCCUAAGCUACAACAACAUCACUGUCACCAGAGCUGAGGACCAGACCCAGAGAAAGUCCGACCCGGACGUCUUCAAGGUUUCCGUGUCCAAGGGCGGAAACGUCCCAGACACGUUUAUCGCCAAGGGCAGCGAACAGAUGUGGGACGUGGCCCUCGACGAACUGCGCCAGCUGUUUGUCAAGCACCCUUUCGAAGAGGCUUACCAGGAGCUGUUGAAGUGGGAUAACUACUCCGUGCGGACUUAUCUGACGCAGAUACUCAAGUACCCGAGCGAUGUGGUCAACUGGUUCGAGAGCGUUGAGUCCCGCACUGGGUUGAUGGACGAGUCACUCGCCGAGACUGUUCUCGCGUCCCUGGUCUUCAACGAUCCAAACUUCAAGGGCAAGGAUAUCGAGUGGUUCUGUCUUGACGGCGGCUCGGAGAUCGUCCACAGAGCGAUGACCGCCCAGCUCCCUCGCGAGAACCAGCCGCUACUCUACCACCGUGUGACGGCGAUAGAAGAGUCGGAUGAUGGGUUCACGAUGACUGUUACCUUCGACGGCAGCGACAACCCCGACACAUCCGCACGAAGGCCUCCACAGCGCAAGUUCUCGAACGUGAUUAGCACUAUGUCCUUCGCUUGCCUUCGGAUGGUGGACCUCGAGAGGGCCGGACUCAGCUACGGGCAGAAGAACGCCAUCAAGGAUCUCAUGUACACGCCGUCCAUCAAGGUUGGCAUCCAGUUCAAGACUGCAUGGUGGGAAAGGAUAGGCAUCUUUGGCGGGCAGUCCAGUACAGACAUGCCCAUCCGCGAUGCGGUAUAUCCCUCGUACGGACCCGAUGAGUCGCACCCAAUACAGUUCCCAGGACAGUCCAGGUCGAACUGCAUGAUCGCGUCGUACAACGGUAUGCAGGACGCGCAGCGCAUUGGCGGACUGAUGAAAGGCCGGGACACGCCUGAGGAGCGUGUCAUGCUCAACCUCAUCAUGCGCAACCUUGCGAAGCUGCACAGGAAGCCAGUCGAGGAGCUCUGGGCCGAGUUCGAGGACUAUUACCCCUGGGACUUCCACCGCGACUCCUUCCAGCUCGGCGCCUUCUGCCAGUUCGCGCCGGGCCAGUUCCGCUACGCUUACCCGUACGUCACCCAGCCCGCAUCGAGCAAGCAGCGGCUCCACUUUGCUGGCGAUGCCACGUCGUGUUUCCACGGGUGGGUCGCCGGCGCACUCAACUCAGCCUGGCGCGCAGUGUUUGGCAUGCUCAUUGCCCACCCUGAGCUGAACCCGAACCCUAAGGAGGACAUUAUUGACAAGUUUGUUAAGAUCUGGGGUGCGACGGAGGAGUACGACAACGAGUCGCUCGAGACGGUCGUCAACCUUGGCAGGAUCAAGCCUGCCAACACCGCCCGCCCUAGCAGGCUCAAUAUUAAUUAAUCUGUCGCGUGUCAGUCUGUGUACAGUAGAGUCAGAACGAGUUCAUGGAAGAAUAUCGAUCAAGCGAUCACAUGUGAAUGACGAGCUCUAGCAAGGCUCUGGUUCACAUCAACUAAAAUAACAUUCGACUGCACGAACGCGUGUUAAUUCCAGCAACACACGGCCCAUUCGCCAAUAAGGAGAAAAAAUGAAAAUGUGAAAAUGACAGAAAAACGAGCGCGGGAGAGAUCCUACACCUGCGCGUCUUCCUGCCAGUUCUCUCCGUCCACCUUCUCCUUCUCGCCGGUCUGCCUAAGCACGAACUGAAUGUCCAGAUCAUGCGGGAUGCUCAGCCCGAACGCGCCAAACUCGUUUUGCAGCCGUUGCACAUGUGGCGAGUGCAUGGGCAGGCACCACUCGUAGCGGACGAGGAGCAUCGCGAGCAGCGUGCGCUGCUCGAACAGCGAGAACUGGCGUGCGGUGCAUUGAC